AUGGCGAAAGACGUGAGGGUUUUGUGUGAAAAUGCCAUCUUGUCUAUUAAUGAGGAUCAGAAGUUUCUUCCUCAAAAACAGAGUUCGCUUUUGACGCCGCUGCAUCAGUUACAGGAUUCUUUAUGCGCUUUAUGCGUUAGAUGUGUUCCGCUUUUACCGUUCGCUAUUAAUCCUUCCUCUGCUUUGCCACUAGUUUUUGAUCUUCCUCAAAGUGGUAAAACUUCUGACCGUUCCAAUAAGGAGAGAAGACAAGAUUUGCAAAGGUUACGUAUCGACAGAUUUGGCACAGCCGAGAACAGUGGUUCUAGCAGCGAAGAUGAGGUUGAAAAUUUGGAAAGUGGGAUAAUGUGCAGUUCUUUGGGCGUAGAUGAGCCACCUUUUGUGGGAGGAAGUUAUAGAGAAAGCAGUCGCAAAAGUUCUAAAACGCUUAAUUUUUCUCGAAGAUCUGUUAGUGAUUUGGAAGCUAACUAUGCACAUUUAUUUGGAGAAUUUCACGAGAUGAAGGAUAACUUUAAAUCUGAAGGACCUUCUAGAAAGCCAUGGAAUAUUUGGGUUCAGCAAACUCUUCGUACUCGUGAAAAUACAAAUUUUUCUAGUCGUGUCGUAUAUGACUUAGACCAGUUAAUUAUUAAUUCGCCUGGUUGUCCAACCAGAGAAUUGAACAAUGAUGACUUGAAAAGGAUUGGUUCUAUAGAUCCUGCUACAGACCACUUACUUUUUGAAAGUCGUUUUGAGGGAGGAAAUCUUCGCAGAGUUACUCAGGUAGGGCCGAGGCAUUAUGAGCUGAUUAUUUCUCCGGAUUUAAAUCAGAAGAAACCUCACUUCCAAUGGUUUUACUUUGAAGUUUCAAACUUGGAAGCCAGAGUUCCAUAUGUAUUUGAAAUAGUUAACUGUAUUAAAAGUUCAUCUCUGUUUUCAUCAGGAAUGCAACCUGUGCUAUUUUCUGUUACUGACUUCGUGCAGAAACGUUCUGGAUGGUCUAGGGUCGGAUCAUCUGUUUGUUACUUUCGCAAUAACUAUGUUUCAAAUUUAGCUAAUGUUGCAGAAGCACCAUUAACUAAACAGAAGACAGGUAGCAAGAAGGGAAGAGUAUCAAGUUUGAGAUGUUAUUACACCACAAAGUUUGAACUGACCUUUACCAAUCCUGGUGAUAUAUGCUACAUAUCUUAUCACUUCCCUUACACUUAUUCCUUUCUUCAGACUUCUCUUAGUGUUAUGAUCAACAGCACAAAACUUUUCGUUAAGAAUAUUAGUAUUGUUUCGGAGAGGCUUUGUUACUCCUUGGCUGGAAAUUCGGUCCCACUUAUUACAAUUACUGGUCCAGGAGACGCUUUGAGAGUCAAGAAGCGUGAAAUUGUGAUAUUUUGCGCCCGGGUUCACCCUGGAGAGAGUAAUUCAAGUUGGAUGAUGCAUGGAGUCCUCGAAUAUUUACUCAGUUGCGUCCCAGAAGCUGUUCACCUCCGCGAAAACUUCGUUUUUAAGUUGGUACCUAUGCUGAAUCCAGACGGUGCAGUUAACGGUAGUCACCGCUGUAGCCUUGCAGGAGUUGACUUAAACAGAGUUUGGGACGAACCGUCACCAGAUUUGCAUCCUACUAUUUUUCAUACUAAAGGAAUAAUUCAGUAUUUGGUUGAUGUUUUGAAGAAGCCUCCUUUAGUAGUAGUCGAUUUUCAUGGUCACUCUCGUCGAUACAAUGUGUUUAUGUAUGGGAAUAAUCCGGAAUUGUCUUGGAAGUUAUCAGACCAGUCUCUGAAGCAUAACUAUGAAUUUAUGGCACUUCCCAAAAUCCUUUCUGAGGAGUCUUCAUUUUUUUCGUUAGUGGACUGUGGGUUUGGGAUCACUAGAGGUAAGGAAUCGUCUGCGCGAGUCGUUCUUUGGCGUCAAUUUCACUUACCUUUUGUGUACACCAUGGAAGCUAGUUAUUGUGGAUUUGACCAUGGGAAGAAUUCCGGAAAGCAAGUUGGUUUUGAGGCAGCAAGCGUCGUUGUUUACUUUUAUAAAAUACUUUCUCGGAUUCGCAAGGUAAGCAUAGCACAAUUGAAAGACCUGGGUCGAAGCUUGUGUCGUUCAGUUGCGUUUCUUAAAGCACAUCUUGACACGCCAUCGCAAUAUUUGCCUGCGGAAGGUUCAGCAAAGCUGAAGCACGGAUCAUGUAGCAACAGCUUUUUCACUAGUGUUCAUAACAGUAGUGGUUGA